AUGGAGACGGACCGCUCCUGGUCCAGAGGCAACACGGCCAGCGCGCUGGCGGCGGAUCCCGGCAUCGCCGCGGCCCCGCCGGACGACGCGCGCGUCGACUUUAUCCGGCGGCACGUGGUGCGCACGUUCCCGGGCAUCAAGCUGGACGCGCUGAACCGCAAGUUCGCGACGGACGCCGUGGCCUCGCAGCUCUUUGACUUCCUGCACCUGGCGGACGCGCGGCUGCUGCUGUUCACGGACCACGGGGACGAGGCCAGCGGCGUCGUGGACGUGUACGCCACGCCGCCCGCGCAGCUCUUCAGCAGCAGCAGCCGCAACAGUUCUACAGCCCGCGCGCCCCCUGUGACGGUCCUGUACAUGAUCAAGACGGUCAAGGCGCCCGUGAGCGCCGCCAAGUUCCACGAGGAGAUCAUGUCCGGCACGCUCGAGAAGAACGCGCUCGAGUCGCUGGCGCUCAUGCUGCACGACGUGUUCGUGCCACUCAUCGGCAACCCGCGCAACCAGCAGCUGUGGCCCGAGAUGGUCACGUCCUCCAUCAUCAACAACGUGCACGGCUUCUACUCGAGUCUGCAGAUCACGCUGGGCCAGACCAAGGGGGCCACGUGUCUGCCGCUGCCCUGGGACCAGGUCGUCAUGGAGAGCGCGGCCAAGUCCUCGUCCUCCUCGCCGGAAGGAGGAGGAGGCGACGGCUCCAAUAACCAGAACCCGUUCGCGUCGCCCAAGGGCCCCCAGACGGACUUCAACGCUGUCAGUGGGCUCGGCAAGGACCAAGUACACAGCCUGGAGGGGUGUCUGAUCACGUGGACCAAGCAGAUCAAGAACAUCCUGAAGCAAGAUCCCGAGGCGCUGCUGAACCAGCGCGACCACGCGCACCAAGGCCCCAUGGAGGAGCUGCACUUCUGGGCCGCCAAGGCCAAGAACCUCAACUCGAUCUUCGCGCAGCUGCAGUCCGACAGCAUUCGCAAGGUGCUGCAGUAUCUGGACGCGUCCAAGAGCACGUACAACGUCCCGUUUGCCAAGCUGUGCAAGGAGGUCUUCCUCGCGAGAGCAGAGGCCAAUGACAACAAGCACUACCUGUGGCCUCUGGCCAAGUGGUUCGAGCAGCUCGCGAGCGCGCAGACGCUGCCGGACAUCCGCGACCUCUUCCGCCCGAUCUGCCACUCGAUUCUGCUCAUCUGGAAGUCCAGUCGGUUCUACAACACGCCCGCACGACUCGUGGUUUUGAUUCGACAGAUCUGCAACGAGAUCAUCAGGAAGGCCAUGAUCCACUUGAAUGGCGAGAAGCUCUUCGAGUUGAUUGACCAAGGCGAGCUGGAACAGGCCAACAGCAUGCUGCAAGUGUCUCUGCAGGUCUGCGCGCACUUCAAGAGCGUGUACUUUGACUACAAGGCGAAAUCUGUGACGGAGGUCCCGGGCAACCCAUGGCGAAUCCAGAACAACGCCUUGUUUAUCAGGCUGGACGCUUUUCUCGAGAGAUGCCACGACGUCUUGGAGCUAACGCAGACGAUUUACCAGUUCCAGAAGCUAGCGCAGAUGGAGAUCGGGGGUACGAAAGGGAAGACGCUUACAACAAGUGUGCACCAGAUCUACGCGGACUUUCAGGAAACUCUCGCGCAGAUGAAGAACGUGCAGUAUGAUCUGAUGGACCUCGAUGCGAAGCACUUUGAAGACGACUUCUACGCCUUCCGGUCCAAGAACAAGGAGCUCGAGCGGCGCCUCGCCUCCGUGAUCAACCAGGCAUUUGACGAUGCCAAGACGAUUGUGGGGCGAUUCAAGUGUCUGGACUGCUUUGAGGAUUUACUCGACCGCCAGAUCAUCAAGAACGAGUUGGAGCGGAAGCACACGUCGUUGAUUGCGUCGUAUGCCAGCGACUUGCACGUAGUGCAGCAAAUUUUCAUCGAGAAUCGUGAGCAUCCCCCGAUCUCUCCCAAUCUGCCACCGUUUGCUGGCGCAGUAACAUGGUGUCGUGGUCUAGGAGAGCGGAUUCGAUUCCCCAUGGAGAAACUGAAGCAGAUUUCACCUAGGAUUGUCCUAGAGCGAGAAGAUUCAAAAGAAGCCAUGAAGUUGUACACGAACGUGAUGGCCAUGCUCCAAGAAUACGAGGUUCAAAACGUCAAACAAUGGGGUAUUUCAAUCGAAACUUCCUCGAAGGCCAAGCUCAAGCUCCCGUUGAUACGGCGUGAGCCUGCUCCUGGAUCAAAUGGCGUUGAUUCAUCUACAAGUUCAGGGAGCAAGGGGCAACAGCAGCAGCAACCGGCUGGAGCACCUCAGUCCAGCGUGGGGCUUCUAUUCGUCAAUUUUGAUGCUGCAUUAGUGCAAUUGCUCCGUGAAGUAAAAUAUUUCCUGCUGCUUGGUUUGGAUAUUCCUGAGGACGCGCUGGAGAUAUACAAGCGUGCGGAGGUGUUCCGGCGGCAGACUGGCAAUCUGGAACUCAUUGUGGACAUGUACAAUACGAUCCACUCGACCCUGUUGCCUGUCGAGCGGCCUCUUGUGAAAGGGUACCUCGAGCGCAUGGAUCAAGUGUUGAACAAGGGCAUAAAGGCUCUGAACUGGAAGUCGCAUGGUAUCGACGUGUUUUUGAAAGAAUCCAUGACUGUGGUGAACGAGGCCAACACGCUGCUGAGUCAGCUAAAGACCCACCAGAACCGGGUUGACGAGCUGCUCGAUAUUUGGAAUGCGUCGCCGCUUCUAUUUGAGCGGAAGAGCAAGGCAUUGUCCGUUGAAGAGUUCGAGGAGCACCAGAAGAGCUUGUGCCAGCAGAAAUACCAUGUGAUCAAGGAAGGAGGCAAUGAGAUUCACCGUUUGCUCAAGGAGUCGUUGAAGCAUUUACGCGUGGCUCAAGGCAGUCCCGAUUGGAGAGCUUACGUGGACUACGUUAGCGGUAUCGUGGAGGACGGUCUUGCUCGAGUAAUUAUCCAGUCGCUUGGUCAGCUGCGAGAGCAGUUGGAUCCGAAGCGAAUUGAAAGUGAAGACAUCCCAGCCUUGCUCGAAGUUGAACUGGAUCUGUACGGCAAAGACAUUGUGUACUUCCCGCCCAUCCAGAGUACCGCCGCGAAAAACGGUGUGGAGGACCUGAUUAUGCGGCGGUUGGAGGCGAUUCUGCAUUGCUCCACUGUCUUCAAGCGACUGGACAGCUCUGAAGGCUCCUAUCUGAAAGAGAUGCGAGAAAACGUGCAGAUUCAACUACUUAUUGCCGACAUUUGGUCAUUUCUUGACCAGAAUCAAAAGGCUUGCAGUGCCUUCCGUCAUGCGCUCACGAAAUACGAGUAUCUAUGGACGACGGACUUGCCGCAGAUGUUUCAGGAGUUUCUUUCAACCGCGUGGUCUCCAUAUCCGUACACAGAUGAACAAGGCUCUCGUGGCCGAAUCGUGUAUGCAGAUAGCUUGCCGUCAUCGACACUGAAGUCCGGCCUAGUGACCGAGAGGAGUGCUGCCAAGUCGGCCAUUUCUGCAGGCUCUGCGAUGGCCACGCCGCCUCCGAUGCCUGCGCAGCUUCUCAAUCUUGAGCGAUUUCAAGAAAAGAUCAGCUUCUUCCUCGGUCUGCAGAACGAGAUUUCCGAGUCGAAGCAUGUGAAAGACGUGGGCUUUGUCCGUGUCAACUCGCUUCCGAUCAAACAGGCUUUAUCGACGUGGGUGACGAAGUGGGUCUACUUAUUCACGCAGUACUUACACGACCGAGUCGUCAACCAGCUCGUGUGGGUGGAUAACUUCAUGCAGAAAGUAAACGCGGGACUGGACAUCGAGAUCGACAGCGCGAAUGCAGAAAAGGAGAAGCCGUCAUUGAUGCAGUGUAUGCUGCACAUCAGGGACGUGCGGCGCUUGAUGCGUGAAGACUUGCUGGUGAACUUUGCGCCUCUAAAGGAUUUUGUGGCGUUGUUAAAGCUGAAUGGAAUCGCUCUGGAUAUGUCGUACGUCGGCAAAGAGAACGUGCUGAUGUUCCUGGAGCAAGCGCCAAUCCGGUGGGAGAAUAUGGUCAACAAGACGUUCAAGAAGAAAGAAGUGAUCCAACCGCUGCAGAAUCAAAUGGUGGAGUCGAUCAAGCAAGAAGUGGGAGAGUUUAAUCGGCGCCUCACGCUGAUGAAAGAGGAGUUCAAGGUUGCUGCUCCAUUGCAUGCCCCCUCCGAUAGCCGCUCGGUAGCAGACGUGUACGAUCAGCUGGACGCCUACAACGCGAAGCUAUCCCAGGUUGAGCAGGAAGCUGCGCGGCUAAUGGAGCUUGAAGACAUAUUCGAGCUAGCCUCCAGUAAAUACGACGUGUUGACGAUGCUGCGUGCCAACUUCACGACGCUCAAGCACAUUUGGGAUUUCGUUGCACUCUUGGACUCGAUUUAUGUGAACAAAUGGCAGCCGCUAUUAUGGAGCGACCUCGAUGCGGAUGCUCUGAUGGAAGAAGUUGACGAGAUCGAGCGUCACCGAUAUGCGCUGUUCUCACCUGCUCGAUCCGUGAAGGAUUGGCCCAUAUACGACUACCUCGAGCAGAAGUUGCACCAGAUGACGGUGAUCUUGCCCCUUGUCAAGCAUCUCCACUCCCCAGCCAUGCGAGACCGACACUGGAAGAGCCUAAUGGUGCUCGCCAGGAAACACUUUGAUUUGUCCGGAACUGGCGGCUUGAGUCCUUCAAGCUACGCAACGAUGGGAACCGCUGCCAGUGGAAGCUCGGGGGCUGGAGACAGCAGCAGUGGCGGGAAAAGCUCGCUGAGGUUUGAAGAGGUGCUCAAAUUGGAGCUCUUUCGCUUCGUUAACGAGAUUAAUGAGCUCGUGGAAAUGGCGUCGAGGGAGUUCAAGAUCGAGCAGCAGCUCCAGUCCAUUGAAACGACGUGGAACGGCUUCCAGCUCGAAUUUGUCCCAUAUCAAACUGCAGGAAGUAAAGCCUCGUCUGGUACUGAUAAAUCUCGCGAUCAUCGCGGCUCAGCGGUAUCUGUCGAGGGCAACGACGACCAUCCACAUGGAACUGCAAGCUCGAGCGCCUUACCAGUGGCAUCGGGCGAGGAAAUCGAGGGCGACAUUAUGAUUCUGAAGAUGCCGAACGUCAUUAUCGAGUGCCUGGAAGAACACCAGCUACAACUGCAAACGAUGGCUGCCACCGGAAAGUUUGUUGCCUACUUCAAAGACAAGGUCUUCGAAUGGCAGUUGCAGCUGGGCAAUGUGGACACUAUCUUGAAACUGUGGAUCACGCUUCAGCGACAAUGGUGCAGCUUGGAGUCCAUUUUCCUGAGUUCCGCUGGUGAUAUUCAACGCCAGUUGCCAUCCGAAUACCAGCGAUUUGAGCACGUCGACCAGGAAAUGAAGGAGCUGUUUGCAGAUGCAAGAAUGGCGCCGUCGGUGCUGGUGGCGUGCUGCCAACGUGAGGGCCGCGAAGUUGUGCUUCACGACUUGCAGGUUGAGCUGGAGAUUUGCCAGAAGGCUCUCAACCAAUACUUGGACGGGAAGAAGGACAUUUUCCCGCGGUUUUACUUCGUCUCGAACGCGUCGCUGCUUGAGAUUUUGUCGAAUGGCAACUACCCACCUCGUAUCCAGCCUCACUUUGGCAACUGCUUCGACGGCAUCCAGUCGUUUGAAUUCACCCUCCAGUCUGCUUCAGAUGCCAAAGGCUCAUUUGGAGGGAGUUUGUCCGGGAGGAAAAUGUCAGCCACCACGUCGUCUACGUCUCUUGAAGAGCGGUUUCUUGCGAUGUCAAUGAUCUCCAAGGAGGGUGAAGUGGUGCAGUUCAUGGACUCGCAACUGAUCCACGGCACGGUUGAAAACUGGUUCAACGACCUGGUGAUGGUAAUGCAGGACACUUUGCGACAGAAGAUCUUCGACGCUGUGGAAACCAGUGCUCUCUGGGGUGUGGAUUGCGCUCGCCACACAUGGGUGUUUGAUUAUCCGGCGCAAGUGGCUCUGCUGGGGAGUCAAAUCGUCUGGACGGAGGAGGUGGAGAGUGCGCUGGAAGAGUUUGAAAACGGCACGGAGGACGCGAUCAAGAAAUACUACGACGUGUCCACGGUGCGCCUUGAAGAGCUCAUCAAGCUGGUUCAGGGGCAACUCGGAGCGCUGAAUCGACAGAAGAUCAUCACGCUCAUUACCGUCGACGUCCAUGCGCGCGACGUGGUGCAGUCACUGAUCACAAAGAAAGUGUCGAGCUCGCUGGACUUCCAGUGGCAGUCGCAGCUUCGCUACUACACGACGCCUGUCCUGACGAGUACAGGCCAGAAGAAGGAAGUGCACAUCAAGAUUUGCGACUUUCGCUCGUUUUACAGCUACGAGUACACUGGCAACUGCGGGCGCUUGGUGAUCACUCCACUUACAGACCGCUGCUACGUCACCCUAACGACAGCAUUGAGACUCUGUCUCGGUGGAGCUCCAGCGGGGCCUGCAGGCACUGGAAAGACUGAAACGACCAAGGAUUUAGCACGUGGAAUGGGGCUCCAGUGCUACGUGUUUAACUGCAGUGAUCAGAUGAACUACUUGACGAUGGCAAAUAUCUUCCGCGGACUAGCUCAGACGGGCGCGUGGGGGUGCUUCGACGAGUUUAACCGAAUCUCGGUCGAAGUGCUGUCAGUGGUAGCAACGCAGGUGAAGACUGUGCUGGAUGCGACGACUUUACUGGUAGCAUCUACGAAUCGUGGUCCAUCGGGCGGUGCUAGCAGCGACGUUGGCUCAUCUGGAGGAGAAGGCAGCGCACAACAGCCCAUUGCUAUGCCAAAGACUGGAAAUUGCGAGUUCUUCGGGAAAACUAUCGCAUUGGUACCGACCGUGGGGUUCUUUAUUACGAUGAAUCCAGGCUAUGCUGGUCGUGCGGAGUUGCCUGAAAACUUGAAGGCAUUGUUCCGUUCCUGUGCGAUGAUCAAACCGGACUUGCAGCCAAUUUGCGAGAACAUGUUAAUGGCUGAGGGCUUCCUGAAGGCGCGUACGCUCUCCGUGAAGUUUGUCACGCUCUACGAUCUAAGCAGUGAGCUGCUAUCGAAGCAAAAGCACUACGACUGGGGACUACGCUCUGUGAAGUCUGUGCUUCUAGUCGCUGGCAGCUUGCGUCGUGCGCAUUCGACACUCUCGGAAGAGACCGUACUGAUGCAAGUCCUUCGAGACUUUAACACGCCGCGGAUCCUCCCUCCUGACUAUUCGGUCUUCAUGGGGUUGCUGCGAGAUUUGUUCCCAAACCAAGAGCUCCCACACCUGAAGAACGACACGUUACAGACCAAGAGUGCUCGCGUCUGUGCUCAGAAGAAGCUCCAGCCGGAAGAUGGUUUCCUCAAGAAGAUGAUGGAGUUCGAAGAAGUCCUCAAGGUGCGGCACAGCGUGAUGCUGAUCGGGCCGGCUGGCUGCGGGAAAAGCACAAUCUGGAACACGCUCGCCGCUUGCCACAAUGCUGAUGACGACGGGAAUGCUUUGACCAAGCACUUGACCGUGUUUGAGAGCGUGAACCCGAAGGCCAUCACAGCCGACGAGUUGUACGGCUAUAUGACGCUGGAUAACGACUGGAGAGAUGGCGUCCUAUCCUCUAUUAUGCGCAACAUGUCCAAGAGUGUGGCACCAUUCAGCGAGUCGCAGACGUACAAGUGGGUUGUCCUGGAUGGCGACAUCGACGCUGUGUGGAUUGAAAGUAUGAACACUGUGAUGGACGACAACAAGGUUCUUACGCUUGUGUCGAAUGAGCGCAUUCCACUAACCAAGUCUAUGCGACUGGUGUUCGAGAUAUCGUCGCUCGUGAACGCAACACCGGCCACCGUGUCCCGAGCAGGCAUCAUAUACGUCGACGAAGGGCACAUAGGCUGGUAUCCCGCCGUUGAAUCCUGGUUACAGCAACGUGAGAGUAUCGCUGAAGCAGGAAUUCUCCCCGGGCUCUUCCAGAAGUAUGUGGACUCGAUGUUCAUGGCGCUUGAGGACACGAAGGCGGAGACGAUCGUUCCAGUGGUGGCCAUUGCCAUCAUGGAGAUGCAGUGUCGCCUGUUGGACGGGUUGUUGAGCUUGAUUGGCGAGCACGAGAAAACUCCUGAAGUGUUGGAGAACGCGUUUAUCUACUGCGGUUUGUGGGCGUUCGGAGGUGCUCUAGCAAGCGACAAGGGAACUGACGACCGUGCAGCGUUCUCGACAAACUUCAAGGCUGUCGCGAAGUACAAGUUUGCCUCUGCUUCAACUGGUGGUGGAUCUACAUCAUUCCCAGCACCGACAGGUGGAGCUGAUGCAAACAGCGCGGCGAUGCUGGCUAGUGGAACCGCAAACCUCUUUGACUUCUACUACGAUGUAACGCGGAACGAGCUGGUCUACUGGGGAGAAAAAGUGCCUACGCUGAUGCCUGUAGGCGAUGUCCCAUUCCACGCGCUCGUGGUUCCUACCAUGGAGUCUACGCGAGUUCACUCCAUUAUCGACUUGCUUCUGUGCAAGCGAAAGCCUACGAUUCUGGUUGGUUCCAGCGGGUCGGGCAAGUCGUCGCUGGUUCACGAGCAUAUGAAGGGGUUGGAGGAUGAUAGUGUUUUUGCCUAUGUGAGCAUGCACCACUACAUGGACGCUCGAGAGCUGCAAUCUCGUUUGGAGCAGUACCUCGAGAAGAGAUCCGGGCGCGUGUAUGGACCGCUGUACAACCGCAAACUCAUCUACUUCCUGGACGAUCUCAAUAUGCCGUUUGUCGAGGAGUUUGGUACCCAGACGGCGCUGGCGCUGCUGCGGCAGUACAUGGAUUACAAUUCGUGGUACGACCGGCAUGACCUGUCGUCCAAGAAGCUGAUCCAAGACGUCCAAUUCCUCGCCUGUAUGAACCCCAAGGCUGGUUCGUUUACAGUUAAUCCCCGUCUGCAUCGUCACUUUUCGACACUCUGCAUCAGCAUGCCGUCGAAGCAGGAUCUCAGCACAAUUUACUCGGCUCUACUGAACCAGCAUCUGACGAAUUUCGCAGACAAGAUCAAGAAGCUGGCGUCUUCUAUCAUCACGGCAACGAUUGACUUGUACUCGGAGGUGCGAGCGAACUUCCUUCCUACUGCGACGAAGUUCCACUACGUGUUCAGCAUGCGCGAGCUGAGCUCCUUGUUCCAAGGCAUCUUCAUGGCCCGUCCCGAAGCUUACCUGAACAACUCGCUGCAGUUCUGUCGUCUUUGGAUCCACGAGUGCUUCCGUGUCUUCAGUGAUCGCAUGAGCUCACCCAGCGAGAUUCAGCGGUUUGCUGAGAUGGCCAUUGAGCAGACGAAGAAGAACUUUGAGGAAGACCAGGCAGAAAUCUUCGCGUCGCCCCUCAUUUGUGUGAACUUCUUGGGCUCUUCAUCGUCAGGAUCAGCGUCCAUGGAAGUCGAGUAUGGAGGCGGCAGCACUCUCAGUUACGUUCCGGUAGCGGAAAAGACUCAAAUCACCGCUUGUAUGGAGAGGAAGCUGACUGAGUACAACGAGACGCAUCCAGUCAUGAGCCUGGUACUGUUUGACCAAGCGUUGGAGCAUGUUACGCGAAUUGUUCGCAUCCUGGCUAACCCUCGUGGCAAUGCGCUACUGAUAGGCGUGGGUGGGUCUGGAAAGCAGUCUCUUUCUCGCUUGGCAGCAUUUAUCAGCGGGUACGCGUUGGUGUCGCUGACGACCAGUGCUUUUCCCUCGUAUGGGAUGAGUGAGCUUAAAGAAGACCUAAAAGACAUCUACCGCAAGGCUGGUAUCCGACCGGCUAAGCCCAUUGUGCUGCUGCUCACGGACUCUCAGAUCACUGACAACCGUUUCUUGGUGCCGCUCACGGACGCGUUAACGUCGGGGUACAUUUCAGACCUGUUCGCCAGCGAAGAGAUGGAGUCGAUGGCUGGAUCCUUGCGAAUGGAGGCGAAGGCUCGCGGAGUUCCAGAUACCAAGGAGCAGCUCCAGGAGUUCUUCUACGAGCGCGUGCGUACAAAUCUGCACCUCAUCUUGGCUUUUUCGCCGGUGGGCGGUGAUCUGCGUAUUCGUUGCAGGAACUUCCCGUCGCUUAUCAGCUGUUGCACCAUGAACUGGUUCCAUCCGUGGCCAAAAGAAGCGCUGGUCGAUGUGUCGCUGAAUUUCCUCCAAGACGUUGAGCUGUCGACGCGCGCGAUUCAGGAGAAUGUUUGCCAUCACAUGGCAGAGAUGCACAUGUCCGUCACAACUGCGUGCACGAUGUACGCCAAGAGUUACGGACGACACAACUACGUGACGCCAACGUCGUUCUUGGAGCUCAUCCGCUUCUACCGGUCGCUCUUGGACGAGAAGCGGUCGUCUCAAACGCUCAAGAUCAAGCGGCUCGAAGUGGGUCUGGCUACGCUCAAGAAGACGGCGCUCGAUGUUGCAGGGCUGCAGGACGAGCUGAAGCUGACGAUGAAGAAGGUGGAAGAGCGGAAGAAAGCCACCGACUUGUUGCUGGAGCAAAUGGGCAAGCAGCGAGGAGAUGCCGAGGUGAAGCAGCGGCGGGCAGACGAAGAGCGUGCCAAGGCUGCUCAGGCCGCUGAGAUUGCCUCGCAAAUUGAGGCGCAAGCUACCGUUGAGCUUGCGAUCGCCAAGCCGGCGCUGGAUGCAGCUCAACAGGCCGUGAACUGCCUCAACAAAGCUUCGUUGACGGAACUGAAGUCUAUGGGCAAGCCCCCAGCCGGCGUGGAGAAGGUAACAGCGGCAGUUCUCAUGAUGGUCAAGAAGGAGACCAAGAACUUCAGCUGGGACAACGCCAAGAAGAUGAUGGCCAAGGUGGACGUAUUCAAGCAGUCGCUGGAGCAAUAUGACAAGGAGAACAUCCCUCCGGAAGUCGUGGCUCGAGUGGAGCCGCUCAUUCAGGAGGACCCGAACUUCAACUACGAAAAGAUGAAGAGCAAGUCUGUGGCUGCCGCGAACCUGUGCGUGUGGGUCGUCAACAUCAUCUCGUACCACCAGGUUUAUGUACGUGUUAAGCCACUGAUGGAUACGCUUGAAAAAGCGCGCCAGACGAAAGCCGAGGCUGACAGCGAGCUGGCUGCAGUGCAAAAGCUAGUGGCAGAAGUCGAAGGCCAGCUGAAUGCGCUGCAGGCUUCGUUCCGGGAUGCGACGAACGAGAAAGCCAAGGUUGAAGCCGAAGCGCAAGCUUGCCAAGAGCGACUAUCGCUGGCUGAACGACUGGUGAACGGCCUGGCUUCCGAGAACGAACGGUGGACUCACGAAAUUGAUGUUUUGCGUGCUGGUGAGAGCUCACUAAUCGGUGAUUCGCUCCUUGCUGCUGGAUUCGUGAGCUAUAUUGGAGCUUUCAACGCGAGUUUCCGAGCUCAGCUCUGGAAGAACACUUGGCUGCCAGAUAUCGUGACUCGAGAGAUCCCGAUUACGAUUGGAAGCCCACCCGAUAUGAGCGACAGCAGUGGCUCCAAUGGUGCGGAUGCAAGUGAAAAUGGAGAGCUUGGUGUCGACGCCGAAACGUCCCUAGAGCCUUCCUCCAUGUCUGCAUCGUCGCCUUCACACGAAAGUGUAGGCGUUGAUCCACUUGACGUGCUCAGCGACAGUAGCGACGUGGCCCAGUGGAUGAAUGAAGGGCUGCCUGCCGAUCGCAUCUCGAUUGAGAACGGAUGCAUCAUCACGUCAUGUCAACGCUGGCCGCUUCUUGUGGACCCCCAGCUGCAGGGCAUCAUCUGGCUACGCGCUUGUGACUUCCGACACAAGAAACCGGAGGGUGUCGACGCUCGUGCGGAACAGGAAUCAGCUUCCCAGGCGCUGGUUAUCUUGCAGCCAGCACAAAAGAACUGGACGACAACGUUGAAGACUGCGAUUACGAGUGGACAAAGCGUCAUUCUGGAGAACUUGGGCGAGUCCAUUGACGCGUCCUUGGAGCCUGUUAUCAUGCGGCAGCUUUACAAGAAAGGACGCAACUGGUUCCUACAGUUCGCGGCCGAGGAGAUCGAAGUGGAUCCUCGCUUCCGCUUGUUCCUGCACACAAAGCUGCCAAACCCGCACUACCGACCAGAGAUCCUAGCGUACUGCACGCUCAUCGACUUCAGCGUGACGGAGAAGGGGCUUGAGGACCAAUUACUUGCGAACGUAGUGAACUUGGAGCAGCCCGACUUGGAAACGCAGAAGCGCCAGCUCCAGCAAGAGUUCAAUGGCUACCAGAUUCAGCUCCUGCAGCUUGAAAAUGAUCUGCUAGAGCGUCUCUCGAAUGCUCCAGAUGACAUUUUGUCCGAUGUUCCGCUGAUUGAAGGCCUGGAGAAGACGAAGCUUACCGCUAUUGACGUUGGAAUUGCGUUGCGGAAGGGAAAAGACGCGGAGCGUGAGAUUAACCUGGCGCGUGAGGUAUACCGGCCUGUUGCCAACGAGGCAAGCAUGAUGUAUUUCCUGAUGAGUCAGCUCUGCAAGGUCAACCACAUGUAUCGCUACUCGCUGGAGUCCUACAUGACCUUCUUCUUCGUAGCGCUGGAUGGUGUUGCGCUACCAGCUCCAGCAGCCGGGGGCGAUAAUAACCAUGGGGGUGCUGCUGCUGCUGCGCAUGAUCGGGUGGGGAUCUUGAAGGAGGCAUUGCGUUGGACGAUCUUUUCCAUGGUAACCAGAGGGCUCUUUGAAGAGCACAAGCUUCUCUUCCUUACCCAGCUGGUGUUCCUCUUGCUCCGUCGUGGAGUUAUCGGUGCCAACAGCGGCUACGAGCCGCAGUAUGCUCGGUUUCUACUGCAAGGAUCCAAGGUUGUGGGACCAGAAAACACGAUCUCGUGGCUGAAUGAGUCUCAGUGGCAGUCACUGCAAGCGCUGAUCACUUUAGGCCCGUUCGAGCGAUUCGUGUCGGAUCUGGAGGAAUCGGAGCCGCGCUUUCGAGAAUGGUACAAUUCCACGAGCCCAGAGCUGGAGAAGCUGCCGCUGGAUUGGCGCGAGCUUGAUAAGUCAGCACCGUUCCUGAAGAUUCUCGCUGUGAAGUGUCUACGCCCAGACCGACUGACCCAAGCGAUGGGCAACUUUAUACUGCAGACGCUACCCAACGGCAGCAAUUUCCUCAACUGCGACAGCCAGCUCAACAGUUUUGCCAUCCUGAAGAGCGCGUUCAAGGAGAGCUCCCCGUGGACCCCGAUGUACUUCAUUUUGUCACCAGGAUCCGACGUGGUCGCUGACGUGGACAAGCUAGCAGUGCAAGAUCAAGAACGGAUCAAAGGCGUGGACUACCACAAUAUUGCGCUGGGUCAAGGGCAGGAGCAGGUCGCGAUGCGAACGCUGCAGAUGUCGGUUGAAAACGGCCACUGGGUCAUCCUCAACAACGUCCACCUGAUGCCGAAGUGGAUGCUGGAGCUGGACAAGUGGCUGGAGCAGCUGGCCAAGAUGAGCAAGACGGCGUCCUACGCUACCCUACGCAGUAACUUAUCGAGCAGCAAGGAUAUCAUCCGUAUGGGGACAAGCCGGUCGCUGUCGAUGCUCCCACCCGCAGGGGCGGCCAAUUCAGGGGGUGGAGGCAUCGGAACACUGCACCCUAACUUCCGCCUGUUCAUCACUAGCGACCCGUCAACGAACAUCCCAAUUGGCGUCUUGGAGCGGUCUAUCAAGCUUACGAACGAGCCACCCACGGGGCUGCGAGCGAAUGUGAAGCGCGCAUUCUGCUGCUUCCCCAAGAAUGUCGUGGACGAGCUCGAGCCUCGUACACGCUGCAUCUUGUUUGCGCUCUGCUACUUCCACUCGCUCAUGCUGGAACGCAAGAAGUUCGGGCCGCAGGGAUUUAACAUGCUGUAUCCAUUCGCAGCCAGUGACUUGCUCGCUAGCAGCACGGUGUUACGAAACUACAUGGACAACGCCCCCGUGCGCGUGCCGUGGCCAGACCUGCGAUACCUGUUUGGUGAGAUCAUGUACGGUGGCCACAUCGUCAACGAGCUCGACCGGCUCGUGGCUGCUACGUAUCUACAGUACUUCCUGCGUGAUGAUCUGCUAGAAGAGCUAUCGAUGCUUCCGUUCGGUGAUGAUGCAAGUGGAGGCGGCGGAGGUGGCGGUGGCAGCAGUGGACCAGAUGGCGGAGGCGGCGGAGGUGGAGCUGGAGGCGAUGGUGGAGAUGGCCCAAGCGGAGGAGGGCAACAGCGUCGCGACUUCUUGGCCCCCAAGCUUUCAGCAGGCUUCGAUCGAAUCCUGGAGCAUGUACACACGUCGCUGCUGAACGAGACGCCUACAGCAUUUGGCCUUCACCCAAACGCCGAGGUUGCGUUCCGAACUGAAAGUGGUCAAGUGCUUCUGCAGUCAAUGUUGUUGCUGACCACCAAGGAGGAGGAUGCUCAAGAGAACGACAGCGACGAUGAAGAGGAAGGAACGUCAGGGCUUGGUGGCGGCUCAGCUGCUAAGGAGACUGCCGAUGCGGUCCAGUUAGCAGCCGAGGGGGUGCUGCAGGAUGUUUUGGAGAACUACCGCGACUUCCGCUUCGAUAUCCAGGAACUCUUCUUCAAGGGGUCGUCCGACUCUGGACAACGUGAAGGAGGCUCACGGCGAAGCAAAGGUGGAUCUGUAUCAAGUUCAGAAGCGGACGACAUGGACCCGUUCCAGACAGUGCUGCUCCAAGAGUGUCAACGCAUAAACCACUUGCUCCAAACGAUGACAGACUCGCUGUCCGAAUUGGAGCUCGCGUUCCGAGGUGAUGUCCCUCUUACCGAGGCGAUGGAGAAGCUUCAAACCUUCCUGUACUACGAGCGCGUACCGGACAACUGGUUGGCUGCAGCGUGUCCUUCCCGUCGAUCUCUCGCGCCGUGGCUGGCCAACUUGCAGCAGCGGAUCGCGCAGCUCCAGGAGUGGAUUGGAUCGGCGCCGGACCUGCCGCUGGUGCUGUGGCUGCCCGGACUCUUCAACCCGCAAGCUUUCCUCACAGCCGUGCUGCAGACGGCAGCGCGCAAGCACAACGUGGAGCUCGACUCGCUGCGUAUCACUGCGGACGUGACGAAGCGCACCAUCGACACAGUGGACGCCCCGGCGCGAGACGGACAGUUCGUGCAUGGCCUGUACCUGGAAGGAGCGCGCUGGGACUUCGGCAAUGGCGUCUUGGAGACGAGUCUCCCCCGAGAGAUGUACGUCUCCAUGCCAGUGCUCACGUGCCGAGCCAUCGUCAACACUGCAGGCAAGGACACUUCGAGUGGCUCGGGUGGCGGAGGUGGAGGGGGAAAGCAAGGUGCGGCUGGUAGUGGGAACGUGUUCGAUUGCCCCGUGUACCGAACCCAGCAGCGAGGACCGACAUUGAUCUUCAUGUCGCCUCUGCGGACCAAGGUGCCGCCUGCUAAGUGGGUGCUCGCAGGCGUGGCAAUGCUCAUGGAGGUGGUGUGA